AUGGAUGGACCCGGCUUGUCAGGAGGAAGAGAUGGAGCAUCUGCCACGACUAAUGAUAGGUUCAUGAAGAAAAGCCAAGUGGAGAAUACAAAAACGUCCUUGCGUGUGGUGAUGGCUGCCUCGUUAGUGCUUCUCAUCCUCUUCACCUUGCUGGGCAACACACUUGUGUGCAUGGCGGUGAUCAAAUUUAGACAUCUACGCUCCAAGGUGACCAACUUCUUCGUCAUCUCCUUGGCUGUUUCGGAUCUCUUUGUGGCUGUGCUGGUGAUGCCAUGGAAAGCAGCGGUCGAAGUGGCUGGUUUCUGGCCCUUUGGGGCUUUCUGUGACAUUUGGGUGGCUUUUGAUAUCAUGUGCUCCACAGCAUCCAUCCUCAACUUGUGCAUCAUCAGCAUGGACCGCUACUGGGCCAUUUCCAGCCCCUUCUGCUACGAGCGGAAGAUGACCCAGCGGGUAGCUUCUGUCAUGAUUGGGGUGGCCUGGAUGCUCUCCGUUCUGAUCUCAUUCAUACCUGUCCAUCUGAGAUGGCACAAAGCCAGGAAGCUCCUUCCGGGUGAGGAACCAGGCUCCAACAUCACCUGGAUGCUCGAGGGAAACUGUGACUCGAGCCUCAACAGAACCUAUGCUAUCUCCUCCUCAUUCAUCAGUUUCUACAUUCCCGUCGCCAUCAUGAUCGUGACAUAUACCCGGAUUUUCCGCAUUGCUCAGAGACAGAUACGGAGAAUCUCUUCUCUAGAGAGGGCUGUGGAGCAUGCCCAGAGUUGCCAAAGCAGUGAGUGUUCUCAUGAGGUCUCCUUGAAGAACUCCUUCAGGAAAGAAACCAAGGUCCUGAAGACUCUGUCUGUCAUAAUGGGAGUUUUUGUCUUCUGCUGGCUUCCUUUCUUUGUGCUCAACUGCAUUGUGCCGUUCUGCGACCCCAGCCUUCAUAAGCUGGGGAAGCUCCCCUGCGUGAGUGAUACAGUUUUCGACAUCUUUGUCUGGUUUGGCUGGGCCAACUCCUCUCUCAAUCCCAUCAUCUACGCCUUCAAUGCGGACUUCCGGAAGGCUUUUGCAGCCAUCCUGGGCUGUGGCCGAUUAUGUCCCAGCACUGCCGUGGAGACAGUAAACUUCAGCAACGAGUUGGUUUCCUACCACCACGACACCACCUGCCAGAAAGAACUCGGGACCUUAAGUUACCCACACUUUCUCCCUCAUGCUAUAACUCUUCCAGGGGAGGAGGAUGAGCUCGUCUUUGACAAGGUCCCCCAAUCAUCUCAUGGUAACAAUGCAACUGCUUUGUCGGCUAUUAUUCAUGUGGAGUAUGAAACAGAUCUCUCACUGGAGAAGAUCACUCCCUUUGCCACCAGUGUGAUGGAUGAAGAGAGAACCAAGGAUGAUCACGCAGAGGGAGACGGAAGCAGUGAAUCUUUCCCUUGGGUUAGAUGA